AUGUGGGGCAAACUUCUCACUGACACGUACAACCGCGUGCGCACAAAGGCUGACGAGGUUCGGCAGCAAGUCUCCAGCACGGUCCAGGCGCAGCAAGCAACAAUCACGAAGGCGCGCGACGCGAUCCUCGCGCUCGGCGGCUCCUCGCACGGCAGAGUCGAAGGCCGCGCCCAUGCGAUCGCUCAGGCGGCUGCUGCCGGCCUGAGCGCCGAAGAGCUCAUGGCCCAGCUCCAGAAGGAGGCGAGCGGUGUACGUACACUCGACGAAAUCCACGAACUGCUGCUUCUCUGGCGGAUGCUCACGCUGCAGUCGGCGUUGCACAGUGCGCCGCGCUUCGCGUCUGCGGAGUUCGUGGAAAACCCGCACCCCGCGCAGGUGUCUGCCGACGCGAGUCGAGACGGAGGCGUCCAGGGAAGCGGCGAGGGCGACUUGCUUUCUUCGCCGCUCUCGCCUGCGCUCGCUUCGGAUCUUAAUGAGGCCCCGGGAGAGGCGGGAGACGCGCAGCUGAGGCGAGAACGUGGCAACGGCGCACUGCCCCCACUGGCCACAACUCCACCGGCGUCGGCGGUCGCCGUACCGCCGCCCGCUGCGCCCUCCUUCGCCCAGGAGCUGGCGGAAGAAGAACGGCGAGGCGAAAAGGCCAUCUACGGCGACGGCUUCUCCUUCAAAGAAGAGCUUCUGGAGGCGCGGCGGGAGGCGCACCGGCGCUACGAGAAGCGUCAGAUGGAGACAGCGGCGCCUCCCGCGCAGGUUCUCACGCCGUCACUUGCGGGAGAUCUCCGAUCGCCGACUGUUCCGAGCGUCUCUGCGGACGCUGACCCGCUUUCUUCCGCCUCGCCAGCUUCUGGGAAGGGCGGGGCCUCCCAGGAGGCUUUCGCGGAGGCAGCUGCAACUGUUGAACCCGAGGACAAAACGCUCUCAGCCGAGCCAGUCUCUUUGCCGACGCCGGCUCUCGACGCCGUGCUGUCUGUGAUGUCGCUCUGCUUGGCCGGGGCGCAAGAGCGUCACUUGGAACUGCUGCAUGCGCUCUUCACGGCGGCGGGCGCAGCUGCGGCCGCCAGCAGUGCAAGUGCGCGAGGCCGCCGGGGCGGGGGGCCGCAGACCGCCGAGCGCGAUGGAGAGAACUCGAAAGAAAGAGAAGCGAGGAAGAGAGAAGACGCAGAGAAAACGGCCGAGGGAGAGAGGGACACGGAGACGGGGAAGGCCGGACGUUUGGGAACUCGACGUUCAGCUGCGUCGCCGGCGGAGGGGCUCGAAGUUCUCGAGGCGAUUUUGCAGCUGCUGUCGACCUGGAAACGAAAUUGGGUGCUCGAGAGAAAGGAAGAUGCGCGGCGAAGACUGGAGGCCGAGGCGCGACACUUGGCUGCGAAAAUCGAAGACUGUGACUUCUGCCAGGACGCCGAAGAUGAAGACCCGCUCGUCGCGCACAACAUCCGUUUGCUGGCGAAUGCGCAGUUGCUCGACUUGCAACAGCGUAUCAUCUGCGUGAAGCAGCAACUCCUCCUGGAGCAGGCCGAGGACGCGCGCCGGAAGAUCGCAGGUCUCGCCUCGCUGAAAGCCGAGAGAGAAGCGCUCGCGCGAACCUUCGAAGGCGCAGAAGAAGCUGUCGAGCAGCAGAAGAAAGAAGUUCAGGUUCGCAUGACCGAAGCUAGCGAGGUGCUCGUGAAGGAGGCCGCGGGGUUGGACGAGAGGCGAACGGCUUUGAGUGAAAAACUCGAAAAACUGAAACAGGAGCGAGAAGAGCUCGAACAACGCCUCGACACCUGUCUCCAGAAGAUUGCGUCUGUUGAGUCGGAGCAGCUGGAGCUGCAGGGCGAAGAAGAAGGCCUCCAUCUUGAGCUUCUUCACGUGCAAAAGCAGUACAAGGAACAGAUUCAUCUCCACCAGCAGCGGGGGCUCCAACAGAGUCAGCUGCGCGUUGCGCUCGACACGCUGGGGCGCACGUCUGCGAGUCUCGUUGAACUCUUCGAAUUCGACGCUGCGAAGAAGAAAGAAACGACCGUCCACGACGUGGACAACCUGAAAGGAGCCCUGAAGACGCAAGUGUGCCGUCACCUGGCCUUUGAGAAGACGCGUCUCCAGCAGCAAGUCCAGUUUCUGCUUCAGUGCACGCAAGUGCUCGAUGCUCUGCAGGCCGAAGGCGAGAAGAGGAUGGCCGAGAGCCUGCCGCUCCCUCGUCCCGACGAGCCGGAAAAGCGAAAGGAGACGAGCGAAGAGAGGAGGCCGAGCGACGAGAAGUUUGAGUACGUCGCAGCGUUGUCGGCUGAGGAGCAGGCUCUUUUGUUUGGGGCCCGCAAACGCUUUCUCCGUGGCUGUCGACAGCUCGACCACUUCUUCGCGGAAACGGAACAGUUCGUUUCCCUCCAUCGCGAGGUCCUCGUCAGAGCGAUUCGCCAGCAGCAGCAGAGCAUCCGUCACAGACAGGAGGGCGAGGAGGCUUCCAGCGACAGCUCGGAAGAGACGCGGCAGGCAGAGGACAGAGGCGACGCCAAGAGCGGCGAAGUGGACCCUAUGAAAGACCUGGCUGCGCUGUACAUCCAGACGAAGAAGCAGCUAGUUCCGUAUCUCUCGAAGCUGUCUGCGACGUCGGCGAGCCCCCGCGAUCGGCGAGCAGGCCCCAGAGGCGCUUCUGCGUCUCAUCCGCCUUCGUCUUCCCUCCCGCCUCCCGCGUCCUCGGCUCCGGUGCCUUCUCCGCCUUCUCAAUCCUCGGCGCAGUCUCUUUCUCAAUCCUCGGCGCAGCCUCUUUCUCAAUCCUCGGAGCAGUCUCUUUCUCAAUCCUCGGAGCAGUCUCUUUCUCAUUCAUCGGAGCAGUCUCUUGCCCAAUCCUCGUCGCAGUCUCUUUCUCAAUCCUCGGAGCAGUCUCUUUCCCAAUCCUCGUCGCAGUCUCCUUCUCAAGCGUCAUCUCAGUCUUCUUCUCAGGCUGCUUCAGAGUCCGCACUUGUGGCCUCUUCUCUUGCUCCGCUGUCGGGCGUUCCCGGAGCAGAGACGCGACUCGGCGCAGCGAGCGCGGCGAACCAGACGGCUGGGCAGACCGCAGCCGAGUUCCCUUUCGAGGCGACUCCUCCGCCGGGACGUGCGCCGCCCAAGGCGGUGGACGGAGCGCCGAGCGAGGGCGCGCGACAGAGGCAGGACGAGCAGGGUCUCGGGACUCCGAGCCUGCAGGUUUUUGAUCUAGAGACGCCGCCCAGAUCGCCGAGCGCAAAUCCCGAGAGAGAGAACGGCGAGAAGACGUGGGACGGAGACGAAAUCGAUUUUCUCGACACGGACAAAGUGGACAACUGGCUGAUGGAGUGA